AUGCCCUCUACCAGCAAUGCGCACAAAUCUCACGACUACACAGAAGGAGCAUCCGCCAUAGACAUCACAGAAGCACUUGCAAAUAGCAGACGAUCCAGGCGAGACUCGCAGUACAGCACCAUUUAUGGAGAGGAUGGGGAAGGAGCCAUGUUUGCUGGCCCGGGGCAUUCAGUCAAUCCGAGCAGUGUGUCAAGAAUGCCCAAUCUAGAUCGCCGACGAAGCAGCGACGACCGGUCAAGGAGUCGACGGCUUAGUUCUGCCUCGUCGCGGAGGGCGGUAAGCAGGCGGUCGAGCAAGGACAGCGACAGUCAAGUCUCUCAGCAAACUCAAGAUGGAGAGGGGGAUGAUGUGGACAGCGGGUCGGAGGCAGGGGACCUAGGAGAGCGUCGCUCGCUCAGGCCAGGGCCUCGCAAGAGGAAAUCAACGUCCCGCGCAAAUGUGUUCGACAACUUCGCGAGCUUCUUUGGCCGUAAUGCGCCCGAAGCACACCACCCACGGCGCCCAUCCAUUUCGCAGCGUUCUUCCAUCUCAAGGCGGAGUCGCCGCUCUGACGCUGGCUCAGAUUAUGCUGUUGACACUGAUGGAGACGAGGAGGAGGAACGCUGGGGCUAUACUUCUGGAGACGACUUCUCCGACGUGUCUGAUGAGCUGGACGACAACGUCUCCGUCACCAACAGUAUGAGACGUGACUUCGAACCAGGCUCUAACCCAGGUGCACUACUCCCUUUGCUCACCAACGAUCCAAUAUUCGGCGGCGAAGCACGUAUUGAUAUAGACAUACCAUUUGAAUCCCUUGAACCACCUCCCCCGGGGCCACCCAGUCGACAGACUAUAUACCUUGCCGAUGAAGAUAGCAAUGUCCGCUUUAUAGGGUUUGAGACACCAUCAAUACGACACCGUUUGUGGUAUUUUGGAUGCUUUGUGAGUCUAGGUCUUUUGGCUCUCCUGGGACACUGGUUCCCUCGAUUUUGGCUACGCUGGGUGGCCAAGGAAAAGGCUUUCAAAGAUGCGAAGGAAGGCUUUGUUGUGAUAGAGUCAGCACACGGAGACAUUGCGAUGUGUCCGCUGCGGACGCUAAUCUACCCCUACGACAUCAGCACCGUAUUUCCUGAACGUGUAGACUUGAGUUCUGACGGACGUUUGCCCGAUGGUUCAACGCCAAAACCUGUCGUUGGACCCCUAGGGAAGCUCACCGUAGUCGACUAUCGGUACACCCGAUUUGCGCUCGACCCUCGAACAGGUCUCUUUGUUAUGAUAAAGAAUUGGAAGGACCCUUCUUGGACUGGCCAGUCAUCUGUUACCAAUGGGCUUACCGAACCUGUACGAAGGCAAAGGCUAACUCUUUUCGGCAAAAACGAGAUCGACAUCGAAGGCAAAUCAUCGCUCAGCCUGUUAGUGGACGAAAUCAUACAUCCUUUUUAUGUAUUUCAAAUUGCCAGCAUUAUCCUCUGGUCUUUGGACGAUUAUUAUUAUUACGCUUUCUGUAUUGCUUUGAUAUCUUCGCUCAGUAUCAUCACAACCUUGAUUGACACCCGGAAAACUAUCGCCCGAAUGCGCGCCAUGUCCAGAUUUGUCUGCAAAACAGAUGUAUUCGUCGAUGGUAUUUGGUUGGAACAAAGUUCUAGUGACUUGGUCCCAGGCGACAUCGUCAAUCUUUCCCAAUCUCAGUUUCACACCUUUCCUGCCGACAUGUUCCUGUUAUGUGGUGACGCCAUUAUAAACGAAAGCAUGUUGACUGGUGAGAGUGUCCCGGUGAGCAAGACCACUCUGAAAGACGAGGAGAUCGCGCGGUGGAAGGAUGUCGAUGAUGUUACCGCCGAAAUGGCAAAGGGUUUUCUGUACUCCGGUACUCGCGUCAUCAGGAUUCGUGGUGGUCUGGGCGACGGCGGAUAUACCAAACCUGCCCUUGCUGUGGUCACUCGUACCGGGUUCAAUACCACCAAAGGGGCAUUGGUGCGAUCGAUGCUGUUCCCCAAGCCAAUAGGAUUCAAGUUUUAUCGUGACUCGAUGAGGUUCAUUGGUGUUCUAGCCGGGAUUGCUGGAUUAGGGUUUUGUGCCAGUGCCGUGCAGUUUGUAAAGUUGGGCGUCAAAUGGCACACCAUAGUCAUUCGAGCCCUUGACCUAAUCACUGUGGUUGUCCCUCCUGCGUUGCCUGCUACUCUUUCCAUCGGCACCAGCUUCGCCAUCAGCCGCCUUCGAAAACUCGGCAUUUUCUGCAUCGCACCCAGCAGGGUGAACGUUGCUGGCAAGAUUAACGUCUGUUGCUUUGACAAGACAGGGACACUCACGGAAGACGGCCUCGACAUUCUGGGUGUUCGGGGACUCGAUCGUAACGUCCAACGAUUUGGCGAACUCUUUGAAGAUAUAUACGAUCUAUCUCCCAGCAGAGACAAGGCGUCGUUCUUGCAUGCAAUGGCUACAUGUCACUCGUUGAAGAUGGUGGACGGCGAAAUUAUUGGGGAUCCUCUGGAUGUGAAGAUGUUCGAGUUCACGAAAUGGACGCUUGAUGAAGGAACUGCUGGAGGAACAGGUGUCAUCAAGGCCCGCUCCGGUGCUAUUAUCGAGCAAACAUCUUUGGUUCAAACUGUGGUUCGCCCUCCCGGUAGUGGCCAAUUCAGACUGGAGGAUGCCUUGAAAGGAGGGGCUAAGCAUGCACAUUUCUUGGAAUUGGGUGUUAUCCGUACUUUCGAGUUCGUCUCGUCCCUUCGAAGAAUGAGCGUCGUGGUCAAGCGGUUAAAGAGUUCCUCUAUGGAGAUAUACGUCAAGGGUGCUCCGGAAGUGAUGAGCCAGAUAUGCGAUCCGGAUACAUUCCCGCAGGACUAUGGUGACCUCUUAUCGUACUACACUAAGCGCGGAUACCGAGUGAUCGCAAUUGCCGGGAGAAGCAUCGAAGGACUCUCGUGGCGUAAAGCUCAGUUGAUGAAACGUGAUCAAGUGGAGACCGGUUUGCAGUUCCUUGGUUUGAUUAUCUUCGAGAACAAGAUUAAGCGCGGGACGGCACCUGCUAUACAGGCCCUACGCUCGGCGCAUUUGGCAUGCCGGAUGAUAACUGGCGAUAACCCACUCACCGCCGUUAGCGUCGCUCGAGAAUGCAGUUUGAUCAACCAAACAGCAAAUGUCUUCUUCCCUGUCUUCCUCCUAGGCAAUGCAACAACUCCAGCGUCCAAGCUACAAUGGUCAUGCAUGGAUGAUCCACAGUGGCUACUCGAUGACUACAGUCUAAAACCGUUGGACCCGCCCCCACACCAGGCUGUCGAAGACGAUAAUAACGAAACCCAGGACUAUUCUCUGGCUGUUACUGGAGACGUUUUCAGAUGGAUGAUCAACUACGCACCCCUCGAGACGCUACAAAGGAUGCUCGUCAAAGCACAAAUCUUCGCACGGAUGUCGCCAGACGAGAAAAACGAAAUCGUCGAGCGACUGCAGAUGCUUGGGUAUACCGUCCUUAUGUGCGGUGAUGGCGCGAAUGAUUGCGCCGCUCUGAAAGCCGCGGACGUUGGGAUCUCGCUAUCUGAAGCAGAAGCCAGUGUUGCUGCCCCAUUUACAAGCAGUACGCCCGAUAUUGGAUGUGUAUUGGAAGUCAUCAAGGAGGGCCGUGCAGCGCUUGUAACAAGCUUCAGCUGCUUUAAAUACAUGGCGCUGUACUCGCUUAUCCAAUUUACGACGAUUACGCUGCUUUACUCGUUUGCAUCCUCCUUGGGCGAUUUCCAGUUCCUGUACAUCGAUCUGUUUAUCAUCAUCCCCGUCGCUGUUACCAUGGGACGCACUCUACCGUAUCCUUUCAUCCAUCACAAGCGCCCCACUGCGAAUCUCGUAUCCACCAAGGUGCUCUCAAGUAUUAUUGGGCAAAUUGUCAUAACAAGCGCUGUACAACUCUGGGCAUUCUUCUGGGUUCGAAGGAAGGAAUGGUAUAGCCCACCUACAACUGAUACCCCUACUGUUGGGGACAAGCUAGAAGCAACCAAUUUCGAAAACUCAGCCCUAUUUUUGGUUUCGUGUUUCCAGUACAUCCUCGUUGCUGCCGUGUUCAGCAUUGGUCCGCCAUACCGCAAGCCCAUGUUCACAAACGGCUGGCUCAUGCUCUCGUUAAUCACACUGACGGCAUUUAACAUGCUAGUGUUAUUGUAUCCACCGCAACUGAUAACUGUCGUCCUGGAGCUGAUGCCACUCCCGUUUGUGGGUCGUAUGGACCUGCUGGUCUCCGUUGUGAUUAAUGUGUGUUUGUCGAUGGUGUUCGAGAGAUGGGGCGCACAGGGGAUUGCAGAGGCGGUCGACAGUCUUCGCGAGCUCAUUUCGCAUGACACUCGGCGGUAUCAGGAUGGCAAGGCUUACAGAGCGGUAGAUAUGGGUCAUGAUGGAUAG